AUGGGAAAUCAAUCUGCUCGUCAAUUAUCCACUCAUCGCAAACAUGUCAUACAGUCGUGGACAACCAUCUACUCCUUUGAUUCUAAUUUACUUAACAAUGCUAUAAGUGAUGCUUGGCUCAAAGCGGCUGAAUUGACCCCCACAUGGGUUUGGGCGUUGGUUGAUCUUCCGGAGACGAUGCACUCAACUUAUAGGGAAAAUACACAAUUCACAAAUAUGAUUCAACAGGUCAGAGAUUUUCUUCAUGUUCUUAUAAAAGUGCAUAAAUGUGACCCCGAGAUGAUAAAGACGUUAGCUUUCCGGCUGGGAAGUCGACAUAGACAUUAUAUGAACGAAGGAAACGAUAACUCAUAUUGGGCUCCUUUCGCUCAACAACUACCCAUUGCCAUGACCAAAACAUACAUGCAAGUGGUCAACAACGAUAAUAAAUUAAAAAGAAUUUUACGCAUACGACCGAAAACAGAGAAAAGUACAGAAGAGGAGCUUUGUGAAUCUUGGAGGCAAUUUAUGAAUAUGGUGGUCGAAUCGAUGAAGAGAGGAUAUGAGGGAUGUGCUUCAGAGAAGACACCUUUGAGACUCAGUAUAACCAAUAGCAUCAUAUCAAUGGCUUCAUUACGAUCUACCAGAUCACGAUCAACUUCGCACUUUCUCGAACCAAAUCUUUCACCUGCUAUAGCAUAUUCGGCCCCCACAUCUUCUCAUAGCAAUAGUGCUACAACUCCAUCACCGGUCAUGCAUUACAGAAGUCGGAGUAUCUUUCGGGCAAGGCCACAACGUUCAAGUCAAGACAUUACUAGUCUGCGGAGGCUUAGCUCUCCAAACAACUCUGCUUGUCUUCUCACACACAGCGACUUGCAACUUCUAAGAUUAGUAGACAACAAGAACAUGUCAGACCAGCGUCGUUCUCUCACAUUAUUGCCUUUUUAA